AUGUCAUCAGAACCGCGACUUCAUCUUUACAAUAGUUUCACCAAAAAAAAAGAACUUUUUUUAUCAAUUGACACAAAACAAGUCAACUGGUACCAUUGCGAUACAAUUGUUCGUGAUGAAUGUGAUAUUGAUCAUGCUCGAUUCUUGAUUUCACUUGAUAUUAUUCGUCGUGUUUUAACAGAUUAUUUUCAUUAUAAUGUUCAUUAUUGUAUGAAUCUCACCGACAUUGAUGAUGAAAUAAUCAAAAAAGCUCGAGAAAAAUAUCUCAUUGAAAAUUAUAUGAAUAAUACUUCAAUGACUAUUGAAAAAAUUCUCGAAGAUUGUCAACUUGCACUGCAAGUAAGAUGUAAAAUUGAACAAUAA